AUGGCUAAGGGAAGAGGUAGUGCAUUGGUGGCGAUGGUUGUGUCUUGUCUAUUACUUGUGACGCUUCAAUGUGAGCUAGCUCAUGCAGCUACCUAUGUCGUCGGCGAUGGCAAUGGUUGGACAUUCAACGUAGCUGGCUGGGAAAAAGGCAAGAAUUUCAAUGCCGGCGAUGUCCUUGUGUUUAAUUACCCAAAAGGAGCACAUAAUGUUGUGGUAGUGAGCAAGGCAGGGUAUGAUAGGUGCACCACUACCCCAAGCGACAAGGUUUACACAAGUGGGAAAGACCAAAUUACUCUUGUGAAAGGUCUGAACAACUUUAUUUGCAGUUUCGCUGGUCAUUGUCCUAGCAUGAAGAUUGAAAUCUUUGCAUCUUAG